UAAUUCCCACGAACCAAACACGCUGUCUCUUCUCUCCCCCUCUCUCUUUCCCUCUUUGCUUUCCUCUGUUUCCUGUCGGUUCGUGUUCGUGCGUAUCCUUUCUGCGUGCGUACAAAUGUGCACUCGCCAAAUUUCUCGGAAAGGAGCUCCUUCCCCGCCUCAAUUCCCACCUCCGACCAACCGAUUCUUAUCCAGUUUCUGCUUCUGCCGACUCAAUUAAAUUCAAUUCGUCCCUUCUUUACCCGAUUGGAUUUGGAUUCGAUCCGCUGUUGCUGGUUCGAGCUUCAAGUGGGGGACCUGGAAUCUGUUGGAUCUGAUUUGAUUUCUCCGCUUCACUGGCCCGCAGCAAAUCGCUCGCUACUACGCGGAUAGCCUCUCUUAGUUUUCGUGCUGGUUUCUUACCAUUUCGAUACGCUCGUCCGGAUCUUUGGAUGAUUCCGAUCGAUUUCACACCAAAACCGCCGAUUUUUCACCCCCACGACAGCGAUUCCUCGUAGCUGUGGCGGCGGAUCCAUGGCUGGGGAGAAGUCGCCUCGCGCUUUCUCGAUGGAAGAGUUACCAGGCCACCUCAUCGGGGAGGUACUGAGCUCCGGCAGGCUCGCCGCUGGUGACCUCGCCAGGCUUGAGGCUACCUGCCGCGCGCUCCGCCCUCUCGCUGAGCAAGCCGCCUCGCGUUUAUGCGCAGCGCGCAUGGCCUGCUCCGUCAUUGGGCUUGCGGCUCGCGGGGAGCUCCUCGCAAGAUGUGGCGGUAGCUGGAAGAAGGUGCUCAGGUUCCUGCAGUCAGUGGAGCAAUCCUUCGACACCGUACAUACCUCGUCCGGCAACAUGCAAGUAGCAACAGGGAGAUAUCACACGCUCUUAGUCCAUGACUCUUCGGUCUAUUCUUGUGGGUCCAGCUUGUGCGGUGUGCUAGGACAUGGUCCUGAUACUACACAGUGUGUGGCAUUCAGUCGGGUUUCCUUCCCAUCGCUUGCUCGUGUUGUUAAUAUAUCUGCCUUUCACAAUCAUGCAGCUUUCGUUACAGAGUCUGGGGAGGUGUUCACCUGUGGAGAUAAUUCAUCAGCUUGCUGCGGUCAUGGUGAUGUGGGGCGAACUAUAUUUCGGCCAACCCAAAUACUAGCCCUUGAAGGAAUUUCCUGCAAGCAGGUCGCUACUGGUCUAAGUUUCACGGUGAUACUUACAAGGAAUGGGCUAGUGUAUACAUGUGGAAGUAACACACAUGGCCAGCUUGGUCAUGGUGACACUAUAGACAGGGCUGCUCCAAAGAUUGUUGAAUUAUUCAAAGGUCUCAGUCCAGUGGUGCAGGUUGCAGCUGGUGCAAGCUAUACAUUUGCUGUGACUGAUGAUGGGACAGUUUAUUCUUUUGGGUCUUGUACUAACUUCUGUCUUGGACAUGGGGAUCAGCACAAUGAACUUCUUCCACGUGCAAUCCAAUCAUUUAAGAGGAGGAACAUUCUUGUUGUCCGUGUAUCCGCUGGAGAUGAGCAUGCUGUAGCUCUUGAUGCGUUGGGAUAUGUCUAUACAUGGGGUAGAGGCUACUGUGGAGCAUUAGGUCACGGUGAUGAAAAUGAUAAAACUAGCCCAGAAUUGAUUGUCGGCCUGAAGGGUGAAGUUGCUGUACAGGUAUGCGCAAGAAAGAGAAAGACCUUUGUUCUCACUGAUGAAGGCUCAGUUGUUGCAUUUGGAUGGAUGGGCUUUGGGAGUUUAGGGUUUCCUGACCGUGGAUCAUCGGACAAAGUGAUGCAGCCUCGUGUUCUCGACAGCCUAUGUGGUCACUAUGUCUCUCAAAUAAGCACUGGACUAUACCACACUGUUGCAGUGACAAGUAAAGGUAUCGUGUUUGGUUUUGGAGACAAUGAGCGGGCACAACUUGGGCAGGAAUUCAUUCGUGGGUGUUUGAAACCUACAGAGAUAAUGUUCGACAAAAGUAGUAUUGAAGAUAUAGCCAUUGCAGCGCCUAGCGGGUAAGUUCAAUGCCAAGAUUGCCAUUAUACAAAAGUGGCGAUUGCAGCCCCUGGUGGUUAAAUUCAAGGCUGAGAUUACCAUCUUAUAGUGAAUAAUAAUGAGCAUAUGUUCUCAUCUCCGUGACUGUAGUUUGUACUUUGAUUUUCAGUGUUCCGUGAGAACGAGUAAACAAGAGAUGCGCAGAAAUGGACAGUGCAGUAGUUAUAGUAGCAUAUAGUGAAGUAAUUUGGCAAAUGUAUUAAAUACUUCAACCUCGCAUGAUUGUGUAUAAAAUUGUUUGUGUGGUUUAA